AUGAAUGAUAAAAACAUAUUUAAACUCCAAGACAAUAACAACUGCACAAUGCAUGUAUCAGAAAAUGCAAAUAAUUUUGUAUACUCAAACACUUUAGCUAGUGACACUGCUGGAAAAGCAGCCAAAUGCUACAGCAGAGAAGUGUAUACCAAAUCAACAAGUCUAAUCAGUAAUCAUACAGACAACUGUUGCCUUACUGCUGAAAUCUUAGUUGCUAGUCAGACCACUGAAGAUGCCCAGGCAUCUGAACAUAGUAGCCUCAAUAAACUUCUGACUGAGAAUACACUGUCCAAUUACCAAGCAAAUAUUCACACAGGAAAUCAGCAUAACUUUGUAGAGGAUGCCUCUCAAAUCUGUGACACUAAGUUUGAACUUUAUCCAGGUAAAACUCUAAUCACAGCUGAUGAGUUUUCUGAUGAUGACCUUGAGUAUCUGGAAUGUUCCAAUGUGAUGACAGAUCUUGCAAAUGAAAUAUGGGAAAAGAAAUUACAAUUUUUAUUAGAAAGUGAGGAGGAGGAGGGGGAGGAUAUAAUGCUGAGUAAGGAUUGUGAUGGGUGUGAUUUCCUCAGUGAAAUGUCUUGCCGGUUUCAAGUGUCAGAUAACACUGUGCCUAUGGAUACCACCAUUGGCUUCUGUGGUCAUCACUCAAAAUCCAAAGAAGUAGCUGUAAGGAGAGAUCUCUCUACGAACAGUCAGUCAACCUUGCAAACAGGGAUGACUCUUACUGUUGGGCACCACCAAGAUAAAACUACCACAGUGAAAGACAAGGAGAAGUACAAAUUGCCUAUCGCUUCUCCAGUGAUUGAAAAUGAUUAUCCUAGAAUUGAAGAAAACAAUACAAAUAACCACUCAGCGGAAGAUUUCUCUAUUGACAAAUCACAGAAUAUGGAUGCCGUACUUGCAGAAGUGGAGUCCUCCUCUUGUGGCUUAGAUAGUUCUCUGACAAAUCAAGCCUCGGAGACAAUGAUAGCAAAUAGUAUGGACAGAGACCUGUCAAAUAAGAGUUCACAGCAAUUAAAUGGGAUAAGGAGAAAACUGGCAGAAGAAAAAUCUAAGAAUGCUGUAAUCAAUUUGACAGAGAGGCUGAGAAGAGAUCUUUUAAAUCUAUUAGACCCCAAAGAACUUAGCAAACCAUUAAGACACACAGGAGAAUCUGUUCUAACUGGAGCAAAUGUUAUGGAUACUAGUGCACUGUUUCAUAAUCCAGGAGGUGUCAUUUCAAAACAAAAGCACCAGGUGACAGAAAGCUUUCUAAUCCAGGCUGGUUUAUGUCACAGACAAGAGACAGAUACAACCAGUCAUUGGGGAAGGAAAUGGACUAGUGGCCUGUCUGACAAAAAUCAGCUGCCAAAUGAAAGUGUCUCACCCAGGGCACAGGAACAAGAAACAAACACAGAAAGCUUUAUGCAAAGAUAUAAGAAAGAGUGUAUGGACCCUAAAAUAGACGAGAGUUUCAUUUUCACGACUUCUCCAGUAAAGGACAUCACAACAACCAGCCUUCCAGCGUUGAAUAUGAUCAGCAGUGAAAAUGGAUUACAAACAGGAUAUGUGACUUUACAAAGCUGUAUCGCUCACGAUGUGCCCCAUGAUCAGAGGGAUCGCGAUCAGCAACAACCAUGUGGGGAACAAAGAGUUAAUAUUACAAGUGCUUAUCUGACUGGUUCUUGCUCGCAUGUUCAAGGUCUAACUGAUCAUCAUAUGUGGGUCAGGAAGGAAUAUUUCCCCAGGUCAGACUGGCAGUAACCUUUGGGGAGGAUGGGAGAGAGGGGUCACCUUUCUCUGCUGCGUGUGAGCGCAGGUCACUUACCAGGA